AAGUAGGGGACAGUCUGCUAUAGUUUGGCAAUCUUUCGGGCUAUUGGGCAUACAGAGAAAGACUAUCAGUAAAGGGACAUUUAGGAAAUUAUUACCACCAUGAAGUUCAGUUACCGUCUCUGGGGUCUUUCCCUGUUAGCUGCCAUUUAUUUCGUUGCCGCCCAAGAUAUGGGCCUUCCAGGUCCUCAGGGUCCACCCGGAGUAACAGGUCCUGAGGGUCCGAAAGGAGAGGUAGGCCCAGAAGGACCACAGGGGGCAAAGGGAGAGCAGGGUGUUGAAGGAGUACAGGGGCCUCAGGGCGUGGAAGGAAUGAAGGGCGACCAAGGCCAACUGGGAGAUCAGGGAUUAGCUGGAGAUACUGGGGUGACUGGUGCGGAUGGUAUAAAGGGAGAUGGUGGACCUGUCGGUGUGACGGGACAACAGGGUGAUGUGGGACCCAAAGGUGUUGCCGGACCUGUUGGUAUUACCGGCGCGAGUGGAGCCCAAGGUUCAAGAGGACCCCAGGGAGACCAGGGACCUAUUGGAGUGACUGGAACACAAGGCGCCAAGGGAGAUAUUGGACCAGAGGGCCCCCAAGGAGCUCAGGGAGAAAAGGGAGACAUUGGACCUGCUUAUUCAGAUGUCGAUGAGUGCGCAACCAACAAUGGCGGAUGUGACUCUGUCUGCAUCAACACCUUUGGAAGUUAUCACUGCGCAUGUAACAGCGGAUUUGAGCUCGAUAACGACAAAGUCACUUGCGUCAACAUCAACGAAUGCAGCACAAGCAAUGGCAUGUGUCAACACGUUUGUGAAGACGAUGGAGGAUCAUACACCUGCAAGUGCAGCGCUGGUUACACCCUGGCGACAGACUCUCACACCUGCGAAGAUAUCGAUGAGUGUGCCAUCUCCGUGAAUGGCCGAGCCGACUGUGGUGCUGAUGAGCUCUGCGUGAACACAUACGGUGGUUAUGCUUGUGUCGGAGGAGGAAGUUGCACUGGAUCAAAUACUGGAACAACCGCUGCCCAGACCGGUGGUGUGACCGACUUGUUGAGCGACAGGACCGUGAUUGGCUUCAUCGUGUGGCUGGCUCUCCUCACCAUAAUCCUCCUCCUCAUCUCCCUCUGCCUAUGCAUCCAACGCCAAAAACAACGCAAGGAGGAAAAAUACUACUACGAUAACGUCCUUAGGCGAGGAGACGAUACUUGGGACAAGCAGUACUCCGUCUCAUUACCCCGCCUCCAGGAAUCUAGACCAAGCAGUUAUAGGGGAGACUAUUAUUAAUAACGGUUAACUAUGAACAUUGGGCACCAGAUUAAUUAACUUGCGGGUGCAAGGUUUCCAAAACAACCAAAAAUGUUACACCGACAUGAAAUCAUGUCAUACCAUGUUUCAAAUGAGGGGGCAUGCGUUCGAUGUCUUAGACUGCUAAUGUUUUACGCAAGACUACGUCUACAUGACGACAAGGACACGCAGCUUACGUUUUGUAUUCUCUACGUUAGAAUGUAUACCAGAGGGUGGCUAUUGAAUGUCUUUCUGACAUGUUAAUUUUUUAAACAUGGCGUGUAAAUAAACUGGGACAAUAGACAUCAAAAUUCGAUCCAUUAGUCUUAUAAAACAUUAUAAAAAGGCAUCUUAUUUGAAAGCAAAUAUUAUAUAUCGGUUAUCCGCCGUUUCUGAAAAUCACCAGCUGGUUAUUCAUAACCCGAACCAUACUUGUCAUCCACAGACUUUAAUCCCAUCAAGACUGAGUUCACUCAACCGAAGAAUUUCCUGUCAAAAAUUAAUUUUUGACUGGCAUACUUCCGCCGCUGGUAGAAUGACAACGUCUCCGUGGAGCGAGCAGAUCUCAUUUGAAACUGCGGGCGGUUAAUUAUUUUUAAGAUGAAAAUUCCGAUUUUUAAUUAUAUUACUUUUUGCAAUUCUUGGAUUAAAGAUCUGAGUUGACGUUAAAGUAGUUUUCAAGACUUUAGGGUUCAUGUUUUUCAUUAUCCCCAAACUAGCCGAUUUUUAGUAUUUUUUAAUAUCUGAAAGUCAUGUUCCUUUUUUCACAUAUGAAAUGACGUCGGCUGGAUUUCGGCAUCACUAUUAGUGGGCGCAGAUAUGCAAGAUGCUUUUUUUAUUGUUCUAAUGACUGUUUGCUGAUAGUAUACUGUUAAGGCUGAUUAAAGAGAGCGGUUAUUCGUGUUGCCUGUUACUACGGUCACAAUGCCCAUUCUGUUGACGGGAGUUCUGAUGCUGUUUACACGGGAGGCCAUCUUAGGGGUUGUUCUAAAUAUUGGUCAUCAUACAUGCGGCUUCAGACCUUCCAACAUCCGAAUGAAAUGAUAUCAUUUUGCCCAUUGCGGUCACAAACCACUUUGUAUAUACUUAACUCUACAUGUAUAAAUGUUACUGACUGAGAUUUAUAGUCAACUAGGAAUUUAAUGUGAUAAAAUAGAAACUUAUUGGAAAAUGAAGAUGAAAUUUUGUAUAUUUUUAUUGUGCUGAACCUUUUGUUGUGCGAUGAAACACCCUUCGUUCAUUUUGUUUUAGGAAGGGUUGGUCAUCGAUGCCUCGCAUUCACAUUUAGCCUUUCCUUCGUUGCUAAUGAUUGCAUACAAUGUCACAUUCCGCACAAUAACUGCACUUAUAAUGUAAAUGUAGUAGAGUUACACAAUCUACUUAUCACCAUAGGUUCAAGAGGAGUUCUUUGCGACUGUGGCAUCAGACGAUAGACUGUUGCUUAUGAUGGCGUCCCAAAACGAUCCAAUGCUCAUAUAUUAACCUGCCAAAAUGACGGCACCAAUGUAUGCACUCACCGGUCUGAAAAUUGGUGCAUUGAGCUAUUGCUAUCUUCCAGCACGAAGUCUAUGCAUGUGUCAGACGUCCAUGCGUUUUAUCAGUACGAUGCACUAUCUUGUAAAUGUGGAUUGUCAUUUUCAGUCUCCGUUGAUCGUCUUCUCAAAAUACCUUGUUUUUUUCCUGAUCUGGGUAUCUUUAAAACUGUGAUAUAUAUUGUGUAACCGUACUGCAUGACUAGAGUUUGUACUUCAUACAUUCCACACCACCGUUUACUAUAUUUGUAACUAUCGAAUGUGUUUUGCAAUUGUAAAUAACUUGCAUUCUGUAUGUGUAAAAUCAUAGUCUUUGAAUAUAAAGUUAGAC